AAAUUAGGCAGGGAUUUUGUGCGCGCGCGUGUAAUCAAGUAUAAUUUUUUUAUUGAGCAUGUAUUCCUAAUCAAGUAUACAUAUAUUCCUAAUCUUUACUAUAUUCCUAAUACUUGAUAUAUUAAUCUUUACAUAUAUUCUUAAUACUUGAUUAGGAAUAUACAUAUAUUCCUAAUCAAGUAUAAAUGUGCAAACAAUAAGCAAGUACUAUUAUUUAUCAUUUGUUCACUGAAAUUAAUAGCGCUGUUGAAAUUUGAUAAUAGCUCUUUUUUUUUCUUUUCGAUAAUUCCAAUAAAAGUACAGUCUGAUGACGAAAUAGAUAUACUUAAAUCUAUCUACCUAUAUCGGUUUUUCUCAUGUCGCAUUUUGUUUACACUUUCUGGAAAUAAGUGUAGAUAGCGCAAACAAAACGAACAGGAAGUACAGAAUCCGAAGAUGUGAGCAAAACGAACCUUGUCAAUCAUGUUUUGUUAAUUAGAUUGAAUCCUAAGAAUUUGUACAAUUAUAACGACAAAAAUUUCGGUUAUCAACAUCGUAUUUAAUAGAAUUUUAUAUAUUUUGUAAAUAUAGAAUUUAUUAUUUUUUUGUUUAUACGUACAGCAACGAUGGAGAAAGAAAGAUUUACAAUGCUUCUUUUGGAACCAGGAGAAAUAUUUUUUGAAGAUUAUAGUGUUCAGAUGAGAAGGCUAGAUGCUAGAAAUGCUGAAAGUAAAAACUGGAUGGAUGGGAGAUUAAAGCUGUGCUCCAAAUCUUUGGUAUUUGUAAAUAAAGAUAUUAACCAGCCAUUGAUAAAGAUUCAACUCAAAGAGACUACAUUUGUGGAGCAACAUACAUCGAGCAAUGAUAUAGCAGGUAAUAUGCUGUCAGUGGAAUGUAAACAAUAUGUGGAAAUGCUCGAAAAAAAUAUAUUAGCACCAUACAGAUUUAUACAUCAAAAUACCAUGUUUCAAUUUUGUUUCAAUUAUGCAAAAAUAGAAGAUUGUCUUCCACAAAUCUUGCAGUUGCAUAGAGCAGCAAGUUUAGCAACUGCGGAACAAAACGCUAUGAUUAUGGCUAUUGUACACUCAAGACAAUCGCGUGUAUCCUUUGACACAUCGUGGCUUGAAGAUUUAUAUGAACAAGUAGUUUUAGAAACACAAGCGAACAAAGUAUCGCCACUUGUUGUAAAUCCAGGCAGAGUAUUACUGACUACCUCGAGAAUUUAUUUUCAACCCUAUAAUAAUAUGGAUCAGCAUCCUGUCCUUAAAAUUCAAUUGAAAGACGUACGAAAUAUUAUAAAAAGAAGAUUUCUAUUGCGGCAAGUGGGUCUUGAAAUUAAAUGGACACGACAAGCUGAUAAUAUUGAACAUCUAUUUUUAUCAUUUCAAAAUCAGGAUGAAAGAGAUAAGCUAUAUGAAAAUUUACUUAAACAAUCAAUGGUUUCUCUAGAGACUGUGCCUCAAAAUCAAAUGACAAUGAGAUGGCAAAAUGGAUAUAUAUCGAAUUAUGAUUACAUUUUAUAUAUAAAUAGUUUGGCUGACAGAACAUUUCACGAUUUGACGCAAUACCCAGUAUUUCCAUGGAUUAUACAGGACUAUACUUCUAGCACGUUAGAUUUAAAUGACACUAAUGUUUAUAGAGAGCUUUCAAAACCUAUUGGUGCAUUAGAACCUUCUCGUUUAGAGAGACUAAAAGAACGAUAUUUGGAAAUGUCCGAUCCGAAAUUCUUAUACGGUUCUCAUUACAGUGCACCAGGUUUUGUACUAUUUUACUUAGUACGGAAAUACCCACAGUAUAUGCUCUGUCUACAAAAUGGAAGAUUCGAUCAUCCAGAUAGAAUGUUUAACAGUAUAGCCGACGUGUGGAAAAAUGUUUUGGUGAACAUGUCUGACUUUAAAGAACUGAUACCAGAAUUUUAUGACACGAGCAAUGCCGGUGACUUUUUAGAGAAUAGUUAUGGUAUCGACUUUGGCUAUCGGCACGACGGUACAAAGAUAGGUGAUGUACAACUUCCUCUUUGGGCGAAAGGACCAACCGAUUUUGUGCAACAAUUAAGAAAUGCCUUAGAAAGUGAUUAUGUUUCUCAAAAUCUUCAUCAUUGGAUCGAUUUAAUUUUUGGCUAUAAGCAAAGAGGUGUUGAAGCUGAAAAGGCUGACAAUGUAUUCUUCCACUUGUGCUAUGAAGGAGCAGUAGAUUUAGACACUAUACGAGAUAUAAAUGAUAGACAUGGGCUUGAAGUGCAAAUUAUGGAGUUUGGUCAGAUACCAAAGCAAGUUUUUACCUUACCUCAUCCCAAACGUUUAGCACCAAUUCCAAAUUUAUUAUACAGCGAAACAUUAUUCACUUUGCCAGAAAUGACGACUUCAGGCAAUCUAAGUAUAAAAGAAAAAUCAAUUAAUUUCAUGGAAUUGGUAGUGUUUCAAGCGCACAAAGAUUGUGUUACCAGUAUCAUACGAAAAAAUACGAGUAACGAAAUUAUAUCAGUAGGACAGGAUGGAAUGCUUAAAUUGUAUAAUACUAACGAAAGGAAAUUGACACAUAGCGUUUCCUUGUCUUUAUUGUCAUUAUCAUCCUGUAUUUCAUAUUAUACAAUGUCACAACGUAACAUUCUCGUAGCAGGAUCGUGGGAUAAUACCUUGAUAUUUUACGAUAUCGAGUUUGGUAAAAUAAUUGAUGUACUUCAAGGACACGAGGAUGCAGUCUCAUGUUUAGUUUGGAGCCCUACGCAUCAAGUGAUUAUAUCUGGGUCGUGGGAUUGUACUGCAAAAGUUUGGCACGAAUAUACUUCCGGAUCGAAAAUUAAACCCGCAGAGUGUUUUAUCGCACAAUUAGAUCACGAUUCCAAAGUAACUUGUAUUAAUAUAUCGAGUGACGAUACUAUGUUGGUAUCUGGUACAGAAGAUGGCGAAUUGUGUUUGUGGAGCAUGGCUAGUUAUAAUUUACAAGCCAUUAUUAAAGGUCACGUAUGCAGAAUAAAUGCAGUAACGUUCGAUAAACAGUGUACUAGUGUGAUAUCAUGUGCGGAAGACAAAGUACUAAAUAUAAUCGACGUUCGAACAAAUACACAAAUAUAUUCCGUCAGUUUAGAAAGUGAACCAUUGACUUUAACUUGGAUGGGAACGUUUCUGUUGAUAGGUGAUAACGAUGGAAAUCUUAAUAUAUGGAAUCAUCAAGGGGCUGUAUUUGUUUCGCAAAUACAAUGUCACGAUGGUCCGCUUUGCGCUCUAGAUGUGAUUGCUGAAAAUAACUUGAUAAUAACGGGCGGGAAAGACAGAAAAGUUAUCGUAUGGAAAUACCAUGAGCAAUGACACAGUAUUACUAAUAUAUAGAUAAUUAUUACUAGUGUAUAAAGAAAAUUUAAUGUAAAGAG